AUCUAUCAUCAUACACUGUGCCAUGCAAAACAAACGGGAAGUUGGAAGAAGUGGGAAAGGGACAAGUUUUAUGAAAUUUCUCGCUCUGUGAAUAUAUUUCAGUGCCCGAAAAUAUUAUUUUUUGGAAAUCCAUUCAGCUACCUAGCUAGUUAGUUAACUCGGAUAGGUUCUAGGAGUGACCAUUCAAGCAGUGCUUCUGCAUCCAGAGCAAGAGACUGGGGUGUAAGGACAUGGCAAGUAGGGGUGGCGCAACACGCCCCAAUGGGCCUAACACAGGCAACAAGAUCUCCCAGUUCAAAUUAGUACUCUUAGGGGAGUCCGCUGUGGGAAAGUCCAGUCUGGUACUUCGUUUUGUCAAGGGCCAGUUUCAUGAAUUCCAAGAGAGCACAAUUGGAGCUGCCUUCCUGACUCAGACAGUAUGUUUGGAUGACACAACAGUCAAGUUUGAGAUCUGGGACACAGCUGGUCAGGAGCGCUACCACAGCCUAGCACCCAUGUACUACAGAGGUGCCCAGGCUGCCAUCGUGGUCUACGACAUAACUAACAAAGAGUCCUUUGCACGAGCAAAGAACUGGGUUAAGGAGCUUCAGAGACAAGCCAGUCCAAAUAUUGUAAUAGCGUUGGCUGGGAACAAAGCUGACCUUGCAAACAAACGAGCAUUGGAUUUUCAGGAUGCCCAGUCAUACGCAGAGGAUAACAGUUUACUGUUCAUGGAAACAUCAGCAAAGACCUCUAUGAACGUUAAUGAGAUGUUCAUGGCUAUUGCAAAGAAAUUACCCAAGAACGAGCCUCAAGCUGCCGGAGCGAACAGCGGACGGAACCGGGGAGUGGAUCUUACGGAGACAGCUCAGCCAGCCAGCCGCUCCUGCUGCAGUACCUAAACCUGGCCCACUCUUCCUAACUCUGAAUCACAUCUGGACAUGGUGUUCCCCUUCCUGACAUCAGACCUUCCAUCUCUCGUCCUUUCUCCUGGGAAUAGCUG